AUGCCCAAUAAACCUCUCUCAUCUCUCACAGCCGCGCGAUACGGCAAGGCCAAAGUACGCGUCUUCCGUAUCGUAAGACAAGAUAAAUGGCACCAUAUCGUUGAAUACAACGUCGAGGCGUUGUUGGAGGGCGAUCUCGAAUCUAGCUAUACCGAAGCUGAUAACUCUGUCGUCCGAGUCUUUACCUCAUUAAUACGCGUCAUUCGCCGCUACCUAGCGAAAAUCUCACCAUACAUCCUCAACCCCGAGAAAUUCGCACUCCAUCUAGGAACGUUCUUCGUCUCCAAAUACGCACACAUUCACAAGGCAUUCGUGACCAUCGAGCAGCUCCGAUGGGCUCGGAUUCCCGUUGAGAAGGGGAACUUGAAGGAACACCCACAUGCGUUUUAUCGAGAUGGUGAUGAUAAGAGGGUUGUCAAGGUCGAGGUUGAUGCGUCGAAGGGGAAAGAUAAGUUGGUGGGGAGGGUUAGUGCAGGGAUUAGUGAUUUGUUAGUCCUGAAAUCUACCGGAUCCAAAUUCGAAGGCUUCAUCCGGGACGAAUACACAACCCUUGUCGAGGUGGACGACCGCAUUUUCUCGACUUCUGUGGAUCUGGAGUAUACGUUUUCUGAGAUCGCGUUGAAGGCGCCUGGGGAUGCGGGGAAGCUGCAGUUUGUGGCUCCUGAACAGGAGGUGCCGGAGAGGGCUAGGAGGGCGACUUUGGAGGUUUUCGCGGAGGAUGAGAGUGCUAGUGUUCAGGCAACCCUCUACAAGAUGGCCCAGAGGAUAAUCGCAGAGAACGUUCAUAUUCAAACUGUGACGUAUACCCUUCCGAACAAGCACUACAUCCCCGUCGAUAUGAAAUACAUCGGGGUAGACAAUCUGACUCCUUAUUUGUCGAAAGCGGAAGUUUUUACGCCGGUUGCUGCACCCAGUGGGUUGAUCUCCGCCACCAUCUCUCGCAAACAGGGGUAAAGAGGGUACGUCAAGCUGGGUGGGAGUGGCGAGGAUGUCUGCGUCGUCGGUGGUCAAUACCUACAAAGAUUUUGAAACGAUGUUUUAGUUGGAGGGUACAAAUGAAAUGGCAGUACGUUCUG